AUGGUCGGAUUCGUUCAUAACGUUGCCCAAGUCGGAUUCGGGACCGGCACUAACGAGCUCUACGACAAAGCUCGCCCCUCUUACCAGGCUGCACCGGUUUCCCUGAUCCGCAAAGCAGUUCCGGCAAAGGGGCCCUUGAACAUCGUCGAGUACGUGAUCGGUGCUGGCACUGGGAUUUUCACCCGAGCCUUGCUUGCCCACCCCGACUGGACCUCUGAUGUCGGGCAAUUGAAGGCCAUUGAGCCUAGCGAGGGUAUGCGAGACCAGUUCCUCAAGACAUCUUUGAAAGACGACCCGCGUGUGAGCACCCAAGAGGGUUCAUUCUCGCAGACCAACGUCGAGGAUGGCUCAGCGGACCUCGUCGUUAUCGCUCAGGCAUUCCACUGGUGCCCUGAUCAUGAAGCCGCUGCGAAGGAGUUCGCUCGUAUUCUGAAACCUGACGGUGUUGUCGCUUUCAUCUGGAACCUCGAAGACAGGGACAACACGGGAUGGGUCGCCCAACUUCGCGACACCAUCGAACAAUACGAACAAGGCACGCCUCAAUUCCGUCUCGGGCUAUGGCGCAAGUUCUUCGACGUACCCGCGUACAAGGAACUCUUCCAGCCACCCGCGGAAGAGGUCUUUGAGUAUAACCUCAUCGGCACGACUGACAUUGUCGUCAAUCGGGCUUUUAGCAAGAGCUUCAUAACCAUGCUUCCGGUUGACGAGAAAGCCAAGGUCGAGAACAAGAUCAAGGAGAUCGUUGAGCGAGGAGAUGGUAGGAAGUGGGUGGAUGAGAGUCAGGGGGUGUUUGAGUACCCGUACAAGUGUUGGGUCGUGAUCGCGAAGCGAAAGUGA